UGCCGCUGGUGGACUCAGAUCCUCUGCCUUCUACCUUGAUGCUUACACAGUACUCUCUCCCCCAGCGGAGAGAACUGAAAGACUUCGUCCUCUGAUCCUCCCCCACCUUAUUGGUCAGGUAGAUGGUGUAUUGGACCCCAAAAGGAAAGAGUAUUUCCAGAAUGGGUUUUUGGUGAACAUAAAUUGUCAGAGUGCUGGAAGUAGCCCACAAAUUGAAGGAGGGAGGCUGCAGAUCACCUAUAGAAACAGAGAGAGGCGGACAGAGAACUGCUGAGUAAAUCGGAGCUGUGGGACGCCACUGAAAUGUCAGAGAUCAUCUGCUGCUGUUCUGACAGGGGACUUUUCUCACGAGUCACUCUGUACAUGAGAAGUGCCCAGUGGCUGCCUGCACAUUGGAAGACUGUAUAUAAUAUCACCCUCUAGUUGUGUUACAAGGUUCAAGUUCCUGUCAUUUUCUGCGGAGAAGAAGACAUUUUGGUUCAGGGCCCUGACAACUCAGCUGGUGUCGUUGGAGCCAUAAUGGAGCUUGAUAUGUGAAACAAGCUUUUGACAGUCUCUGGCUGCCAAGAAAACAGGUCUGGCAGGUGGGAAACUGGUGCACUGGGCACGCCCGCCUAUGUUAGCCAAAGAAUGAAGGUCUGAGAGAAUGAUGGAUGCUGGAAGUGGGAGGUGUCAGGCCAGGAGAGGGGGAGGCAAACCUACCUGUUGCUGCUUGGAUGAAGAACGAGCCCCCUCCUUACUACACCAUUGAUGUGUACACCCUGCCCCCCCUCAAGUCCUAUGACGAGGUGGUGUAUGGCGUGGGUCCGGGCCUGACACCCCCCUCCUAUCCACAUUACGUCCCCCAGAUGUCACCGACUGUUGCCGUUCCCCAAGUUACAAAGUCAAGCAAACCCCCCAGCAGAAAGAGGAGGAGAUGCUGGGAGAGUAAUGCCCAGUGUUACGGAGGGUCAGGGGGAACCUUACUGGUGUUCGGUCUGCUGGCACUGGGCAUCUGGCUUGGAAUUCGUUAUGGCACCCAGUUGGCGACAGCAGCAAUCCUCUACAGUGAUCACAAUAAGGAUAAUAAUGGUAAUAAUGGAAAUGUGGCUUUGCAAAGCCGGGACAUCUGCCCCAACAAUACUGUCCAAUGUGAUGCGAUAAUGGACUGCGAAAUGGGCACUGACGAAACAAACUGUGUGAGGUUUGGCGUGGACGGCAGUCUGCAGGUCAAGACAUCUCAAGAUGGCCGCUUUCUACCAGUGUGCAACAGAGACUGGAACCCGAGCUUCGCCGACAAGACCUGCGCUCAGCUCGGAUUCAGAAGGUCCCAUAACACCAGAGCAAUUAGAUCCCAGUCCAUUGGUUUACAGAUGACCAGCAGCUCGUCUUCAUUUAUACAGGGUCAAGUAAACGUCAGUUCAUCCUGUCCAGACCAGGAGGUUGUUGCCCUGCAGUGUGUGGACUGCGGUCGGCAGCAGUCUACAUCCCGGAUCAUCGGGGGCAGCGUAGCUAAGGAGGGUCAGUUUCCUUGGCAGUUGUCGUUGCACUUCAGAGGAUCCCACGUCUGUGGAGGAGUCCUGAUCUCUCCUGAUUUUGUGCUGACUGCUGCCCACUGCUUCCCAAGAAGCAACCCUUCAGCUCUCUUGGCGGAGAACUGGAAAGUGUAUGGUGGAGUGGUGUCUCUGGACAGACUGAAUGAGCCCAAUCUGGUUAAGAGGAUCCUACUCAGUGAGAUCUACAACAACAAGACUAAUGACCAUGAUGUUGCUCUGCUCAAACUUGCAUCUCCAGUUAGUUUCAAUGCUCAAAUCCAGCCAGCUUGUCUGCCAGCUUUUGACCAGCAAUUUCGCGAUGGAACCAGAUGCUGGACCUCAGGUUUUGGCACCACUGAGGCAGGAUCAGCUAAGAUCUCCCAGGAUCUGAUGGAAGUGUCUGUGGACCUCAUUGGUAGAACAGCAUGUAAUAGAUUGUAUGGAGGCUCCGUGACCAAGAACAUGCUCUGUGCCGGGCACCUGAAUGGAGGCAAAGACUCCUGUCAGGGUGACAGCGGUGGACCUUUGGUGUGCGAGAAAGACAAACGUUGGUACCUGGCGGGGAUCACCAGCUGGGGAGAAGGAUGCGGUGAAAGAAAUAGGCCUGGUGUUUACACCGACGUCAAAAGUGUUCUGCCCUGGAUCCAUAGCAGUAUGCAGCAAAAGAGACCAUGAAGUCCCUCUUUCUACCCUUCCCCAAUGCACCCUGCACUAUGAAGUGAAGAGAUGGGUGGAUUUACACAGAAGAAAUUAAUUGAUGAAGAGAUACUUCGGACAGUAAAGACACACGGGCAAAAGGUCGCUUGGUGGAGUAGCGGCAUGAUCAUUUGCACAACUUGAACACGGGACUUCUCUGUUGGCGUUCUGCAACAUCUAUUCAUUUUAUUCCCCUGUCUCUUUGGUGUCUCACUCAUACAGUACACUUGUGUUUACCUACAUGUUGAGCUUUUAAAGAUGGCUGGCCCUUCUCUUACCUGUUCUGUGACAACGAAACGCAGUCCACUCUACUGUCAUAUCCUUAAUUGGUUAGAUUCUCUUUAAAAAAUGCUUUAUGAUUGUAGAGGUGUGUUUUGUUUUUCUCCUCAGGGACACAUCUCAGGCUUAUCAGUGCUGACUAUUGUUUACCAUAUUAAAGGGACUAUUUGUAACUUUUUACAGGUAUAAAUCUACCGGGUCGGGAUCCCAUGCGCGCUCACAUAUGCUCGCUCGUGUGUGGCUACGCUCUGCUCCUCUGCCUGCUUGCCUUCACUAACA